AAUCCUAGAAGGGCUUUUGUGUCAUUUUGUUCUACGCCGGACAUUCCCACUUCCCGCCAAAACUUUCCCCAGCCUAGAUAACGGUUAACGACCUCCUCAGCGAAACACAAACAGAAGAAAAGAAACUUCUUUCCCUCUCUCUCUGCAACGACUUCAAGCAAGAGCCUUUUCGAAAGAGAAAAACUCCAUUUUCAGAGCUUCGACAAUGGCGACUCCGGCCUCUGCCGUCGCCCUCGUGCUCCUCUCUCUCCUCCCUCUGUGCUCUCCGCUCCCUCUCGAGUCCCUCAGAGAAGCCACCCAUGCUCUCUCCAACUCGGGCUUCGUGUCCAUGUCCUUAACUCUCAAUCUCAUCUCCAAAACCCUGAUUUCCCCUCAAAUCCCGUCCCUCACCAUCUUCUCUCCCUCGGAUGACUCCUUCGCAAGGUUCGGCCAGCCGCCACUGUCUCUCCUCCGACUCCACUUCUCACCCCAUGCGCUCUCUCUCGAUACCUUGAGGUUGCUUCCUCGUGGAGCCAAGAUCUCCACCAUGAACGCCAAUCAUUCUCUGAUGGUCACCACCUCGCCGUCUGAUUAUCAGGUUGAGAUAAACGGCGUCAAGAUUGUCGGCUCGCCGGUGUUCAACGAUGGGAACUUGGUGGUCUUUGGGAUUGAGAUGUUCUUCGAUCCAGAGUUCCAAACUUCGGCUCCGGUUCAGAGUCCAAGCCCUGGCCUUGAAUGUGUAGCACCGAGAUAUGGCAGUUUGGAGGAUCUUUCGGUUGGGAAUGUGUUUGGUGAGGCUUGUGGGGCGAUGAGAUCAAAAGGAUACUCUGUGAUGGCUUCUUUUCUUGGUUUGCAAUUGAUGAAACUGAAGGGUGAUAAUCAGAUGUUGACAGUUUUCACUCCGUUGGACGAAUCGAUGGUGAAUCACACAAGGAGUUUCAGCGAUUACCCUUCGAUCUUUCUGCGGCAUGUCGUUCCGUGCAAGCUCUCGGCCAGUGAUAUACUGGGGUUCAACAAUGGGACAAUGGUACAUACUCAUCUGGACGGAUUUGUUAUUGAGGUCACGAGAAUUGGCUACGCUUUGAUGCUUAACGGAGUUCUGAUGACUUCGCCGGACAUUUACAAAAGCGAGUGGCUCAGUGUCCAUGGCGUUCUUGAUGUCAUUGAAGCAAGAGAAGGCGGACAGCCCGGGAUGGAAGUUUCAUCUGAAAGUGGCAGAGUCUAGUAAUGAUUUCAUGAUGAAUCUUCUGUUUCAAUCCUCUUCUUUUCCCUUUGCUUUCAGAGAUAAGUCUCUUUUAUUGUGAUCACACACCAGUUCAUUCUUUUUCACUAGUCAGUCUGUUUAGCAGUCCUCAAAACCUAUACAGAUAAUAAUAGCUCACACUUGCGAUUU